AUGGAUCCGCGUUCAGCCUUAUUUGAUUUUUCAGUCGCAUUGCUUGUCGAUAAAGACCGGGUGGAAGGUAGGCAGUUGAAAGAAAGCGAUAUCCGGCAGGAAAUCGACUAUGUUAAAUUACAGUUGAACGGACUUGUGAGAUCAUAUCUAUUAUCAAGCAUCACCUAUUACAGCGAAGGAGUGCUCCAUCUUUUCAAAUUGAAAAGCAGCUCCAAUAAAGACGAAAUGGAAAAUGCUGCCUAUGCAAGGUCAUUAACAAAUCCCAUGACUAACGUAAGUCAGACUUUGAAAGACUUGAGAUUGUCCAAUUUAGACGAGGGAGAGAAAAGAGCCUUGAAAUCUGCAAAGAAAGCUUUCGAAAAUGCCCGUAAAAAGGCUAUCGAUGCGUUCAACAAUGAGACUCUUCCCAUUUUUGAUCGCAUCAAAGCAAUGGCUGUUCGUGUUGCAGCGACAAUGCUGGCGAAUAUAGAGCAUCCCGAAGAUGCCUUAAUCGUGUGUUUAAAGUGCCUUGAAGAGCUUCAUAGUGUUAAGGAAAUACAAGAAAACUUUAGUCUAGAAAUCCGCAGAAGAAAAAUGAGGCAUGGUGUUUACAAGGACCAUCGUAGACAGAUGAUCUCAUCUGUCUGUCGAAUAAAUCAUUUUGUUCGCAGUGCUGCAGCAAUUAUUGCAAAGGAAGGAGAGUUGUUGACUUGGCCACAGAUUGAAAUAGAAGGGGGGAAAGUGGAUCCCUUGCAUGACCACCGACUUGCUGAAGCUUUGAGAAAACAAAAGAUGCCGCAUUAUGAAAUAACUCCAUCAGCUCUAGGCGAAGAAGGUGAAAGCAUGAAGCCAAAAAUACCACAAGCCAUCGUUGUGAAUUCACAGGAUCACUGUAUUGUUGCAGAGGAGUGGGAUAACAGCGUUAGCAUAUUUGAAAUUAGCCCAGACCGCCUUCUACGUCAAAUUUCGAUUGGCGAGGAAAGCAGUGUUGUGGAUGUUGCUAUUGGUGGCCAAGACGAUGUUUAUGUGUUGCUCGAACUCAACGCGAAAACUGAACGUGCACGCUUCAAGAUUUUCGUAUUUGAUGAAGAAGGCAACAAAAAGAAGGAUUUUUUAUUGAGAGAAAAAACAGAAGACGUUUCAAAAAUGGCAUUGAACAAUAACAAGAUCUUUGUAUUAACAAAGGUUUUUGAGAUCCCUGGGGGCGCAGUGGAUGUUUAUGAUUGUGACGGUCAAUUUUCCGGGUUAAGGAUUGGAGAAGAAACAUUGAACUGUCCUCAAGACAUCUGCUCUACAAACGACGGCCGAGUUGUUGUUUUGGAUAGGGAUGAUCAAUGCGUAAUGUCAGCUCAGAUGUUUAAUACCAUAAACGGACAGCACAUUGACAAUGAUCUCCUGGAGUCAGUAGAGAAAGAAGAAAAAACCAUAAAAAAGUUAAGAUCUUCCAUAGCGUGCCAUCAAGUGAGUAAUUAUGUUGUUAUAGCUUUUCCUAGUGAAACUGACCAAGAACCAGUGCGUAUUCUGAAGUACGACAUGAGCGAUGGCACCCUGCUUCCCAGCGUCCAUCUUCCAAUGAACGGCCAGGUCUCUACUCGAGGGGUUGCAAUUACUUCACAAGGACGUAUUGCCGUAGGUUUACUCGACAAAGACGGAGGAGAUAGUAAGGUACUCCUCGUAUAA